GGAGAGUGAGUGGGUACAGUGCGCACCAACCUCCACUGUCCAAGGAGAUCACACACAAAAACACACACACAAACACGCUCUCUAUCUCUAUCUCUAUCAAUCUCUUUCACUUUCUCUCUCUUCUGUGGGCUUUCUAUUUCUAAAACUAAAAUGCGCUUCUUUUCUCUCUCAAGCUACUUAAAAGCUCAACUUUCUCUUUCUCAAUCUUUCUCGAGGUUUCCUGUUUAUAUUUUUUUAACAACCAUUUGAAUCUAAUCUAAACCCAAAAAGAAAAGAACUACAGGAAGUAGGAGUAUGAUUUGAGUUGAGUUUUGUUUGACUAACUAACGAAUGUGAGAACUGAGGAAGGUUUUGUUUUGGAAUUCUUUUUUUAUUUUUUUUUUAUUUAUUGGAUCGGAUCGCAAGGCGGGGCGGGUGGAGAAGAUAGAUGGAUCCGUCUACGUUGAUCAAUGAGGGUUCGCUUUCCAAUGGUAAUGCGGCGUCGUAUAACCUGUCAGAGAUCUGGCAGUUCCCGAUGAACAGUGGCGGUGGUGAAUCGGGAAUUGUAUUGGGGCUUCGGAGAGGUCAGUUUGCUCAGACUUUGGCUCAGUUUGGGGAUAUGAAUCGUGAUGUUUCGGGAAAUGAUCCAAUGAGUUUGGACCAGAGAGAGAAUCAUGGCGGUGGCGGUGGCGGUGGUGCGAGGAAGCGUCGUGAUGCGGAGGAAGAGUCGGCUAAAGGUGUCUCAACAAGCAAUGGCAAUGGCAAUGGAGUGAGUAAUGGUGACGGAAAGAAGCUUAAAAUUUCAGGAGGUAGAGAUGAAAACCGAGAAUCUAAAACCGAGGGGGAAGCCAAUUCAGGCAAGCCUGGGGAACAGAAUAGCCGGCCACAUGAUCCGUCAAAACAGGACUAUAUUCAUGUUCGAGCAAGAAGGGGUCAAGCUACUGAUAGCCACAGUCUUGCUGAAAGAGCUAGAAGAGAAAAGAUAAGUGAGAGGAUGAAAAUUCUACAAGAUCUAGUCCCUGGUUGUAACAAGGUUAUCGGAAAAGCGUUGGUUCUUGAUGAAAUAAUUAACUACAUCCAGUCGUUACAGCGUCAGGUUGAGUUUCUAUCGAUGAAGCUCGAAGCAGUUAAUUCAAGAAACCCUGGCAUUGAAGUCUUUACCUCAAAAGAUAUGAAUUUGGCAUUACAGUUUGGUCAACAAACGUUUGAUACUUCUGGAAUGGCAUUUGGUCCACAAAGGGAAUUCAGCCGUGGUUCCUCACCAGAGUGGUUGCAUAUGCAAGUUGGUGGUGGUUUUGAAAGAACAACAUAGUCUACUAGAAAAUCCCUCUUUCAAACUGAUAAUAAAAAAGCAUCAAAGAGGCUGUGCUUCGUCCUCCUUAAAAUUGCAGGCAAAAAACGUAUACCCCAUAUAUGCUAAAUCAAAAGAAGACCUUUAUGUUCAUUUUCUACGUCAGGCAUGGAGUUGAUUGUCUAUAAAAGACUGUUUUAAGCUAGUAAAUUUAGAACUUCUCCAGUUGUUUGUUGUCGGAAAAUGAAUUCGUUCACUCCGUAUAUUUUUGGUAGGAGGCUUUGGUUCACCUUCUGAAUACCGCCAAUUUGGCCUCCUUGAAUAAGUAUUCUUCUUGUAAAAGAAUGUUUACUUGUUCUAAAUUUUCUUAUAUGCUCAUAAUUUUCUGUAAUCUUUGUUUUACAUUGGAUUUGUUAAAAAGCUGAAGCAACAUUAUAUAAAAUAAAGCCACCUUUAGUUCUA